AUGGCUUGGGUUGGACAGGUUCUUUUGGCCGGAUGGUUCCACUUUGGACUGUGCGUUUCUCCAACCUUCGAUUGGCGCCAAACAACCAGGGUCUGUUACACGCUGGAUUUCAAUCCCGAAAAGUCCGCCGGAAAGUGGCCUAGGACGGUCGCGUUGAUUAAAGCGAAGUGGACUGCGAUGGUCGGACGCCCAACCAAGUCGAAGGGGAGCCACGGAGAGAAUCAACACGCAUGUCCCCUCUGUGAGCAACAUUACGAGCCAGGAGCCGACAAAGUGGCCAUCCUACGGGGCUGUCCACACCACUUCCAUCCAACCUGUCUAGAAGAAAACUUCAAUAAACAAGUAAAGGGCCGUCGUCGGAUCAAUCGUCUCCCGUUCAUUGUCGUCUCCUGUCCCCAGCUCGGCUGUAGAUACCUCUAUCGAAUGUACUGGCCGAACGAAAAACCUUCUUGGCUCAAAUUAUUCUUCACGAAACUCAAGGAUUCGCUCAAGAGACUCUUCGGAAUCAAGUCAACACCAUACAGACCUCCAAAACGUACACCGUUAGCGGUCGAUUCUGUGAAAUUGUAG